UCAAUUAGAAAAUCCACUCACCCACGUGGCUGGCCGACUUUAUAUUUAGAAGAAUCACUUGAGUUCGAGUGUUUAUCAAUAUGGGGGGAGGCAGAGCCAUCGAGAGGAUCUCUCCAAGAGGCGCCAACCCGGAGGAGGCCAUCCUGUGCCCGUGGUUCAAUUCUAGUGAGUGGGAGCAAGUCUACGAGUGGUUGUACUCCAGUGACCCUCAACUAGUCGAGAGAGGGAUAGCGCGUGUGGCAGCUUGGAAGGCGCGGGCUCCUAGAAAACUGCCUCUAGUUGUGGAGACGACAGCAGAUCUGGCAGAGUGUACACUAAAUGAAAGAUUGUCUAAAAUGUGUGUAGCACACGGUACCUGCCUCAGCUACUCGAUGGCAAUCACAAGGUUUGUGAAUGGUAUUAACGACACGGCUUGGUGCUAUGGUGUGGGACGGGAUUGCAUUAGAGACACCGUAUAUCAGUAUGGUAUUCCAUCAUGGUUGGUUGAGAUGCGUCACCGUGGCACCCACCAUUUCCUGCCCUCCAUUGGUCAGGCCCGUACAGCCGCACAAUUUGCCCUCAACUGGUUACGCUCAAAUUAUUGGAGACCUCAGAGGAAGUUGAUCAGAGAGCACAGGGGGAAAUCCCCAACAGCCAUGCCCACUGUUUCCACUCCACCCGACAACGUGGUGGUGACAGAGAGGAAGCCGUCUAUUGGACCAAUGGACUCUGCUGUCGCUAAGCUGACCUUUGGACUCUGUCGUAACAGAUUAGAGCUGGUGAACCUCCUAUCGACCUCUACUCACAAUGAGCUGGCUGACUACAUUCAGAGAAGGCAGCUCCUCUGUUUCCCAUCGUCCGUCAAUAUCACUGUCGACGGUCCUGCUGUAUCGGACGUCCGGAACCUGCCCUCAAUAAAGGGUGAUCUUGCUAUGUGGAGGAAGCACCUUCUCAGAGCAGCAGACAAAGAAAGCUCUUUCAAACACAAGCUAGCCUCCGCUCUCAUUAUGACAGCACACUCCACAGAUAAUGCUGUCCAACGUGACUACUCAGCCUCGUGGUUAGGCCUGCUACUGGUGGGACAUUAUGAGGUGGACUCUGCCAAGCCUUCUAGCAUUGCCAUAGUUACAAUUGUUGCUGAUGAUGACCAGUUCAUCCCUGGCUCUUUAGACUGGCUCCAGUUGUUGCGUGUGGUCAAAGAUCAUCCCGGCUAUUACACUCACGCCAUGAGCACUCUUAUUGACGGCCACCUUCGCUCCUCAUUGCCUGUCUCUGUUCGUGAGAAGAUCCUCUAUCUGUCUCGUCUUGUCACCAUCUCUGAGAGGAUGGGCCCUCCAUCUUUACCCGGGACUUUGGAGGGAUCCUACACAGCACACCUUAAAGCCACUCUCAAGACAUAUAAAAGAAAAUCAGAGCCUUCAAUUUCCGAGCCACCUAGGAAACAAUCUCGACUCAGCGUGCAGCCGAGAUGGGGGGUAGUGGAGAACAUGUUGCCGUGGGUAACCGUGCCAUUGGGGGCGUGUCCUGGUCAGGUGAUGACUGCCUCGUGUCUGGAUCUACCCUCUUCUGUAAAUAUACAGCGAGAGAGAGUUAAGAAACAGAGGAAACUGGAUAUAAGGAGUGAGAGUCAGGUGAUUAAGGAAGAGGGGCAACCCACCAUUAAACUGUUACAUGCUAGAGAUACUGUUAGACUAUUUUAAACCUCAUAAUUAUAUUUAAUUUCUUCAUUAGACAAUGCACUCUUAAUAAUUAUGAUGCUUGUUUUAUGUUUGUUACUGGCAAGAUUUCCAUUUUCGAGCAGUUCUUCAACCAACAAAUUGUUCGCAUUGUACAAAAAUAUUAUGUUGACCAACCACC